AUGGCUCAGCCUCUUGUUCAGCUCACUUUUAGCGUUCAGAAUAUUUGGCGCGAUGGAAAGAAAACCACUGUAUCGAUUCCGCUGAGAGUGGAUCUUGGUGAGCAGCCUCAUAAGAGCACGGAGGAAAAUAGUCAGGACACCAACAGUCCAGUAGAACAAGAUGUCCCUCUUGACGAUCUCGACAAGCAGGAACUCUCAAAUCAACAGCAAAAUCGUGUUUUGAGUAUCUCUACUAACUGGGAAAAGGUACGGGAAAAUUUGCUGAAUUCGUACAUUGAAGAACAGCAUCUUCCAGACAAUAUUAACUGUGUGAACUGUCAAGAGAGUAUCGCUACAACACGAUGUGAAUACUGUGGCCCUCGCCAGUACUUCUGUGUUGAAUGUGCACGAGCUCUACAUGUCAAUCGAAACAAGUUUCAUGUACUUGAGCAAUGGAAGAUGAGGCAACUGUUAGCUAUGGCCAUACGUGCAGAACCGCAACAGUAAAGCUGUUCAGACUUCUGGAUGCCUCAGGUCAGCUCAUUUCAUUUAUAGUGGUUAGAAAAUACUAGAAUGGUUUUAAAACGAAGCGUUCUUUUUCAAUUUUAUCUG